AUGAAACGUUUUCUAACAAUUGAACAAGCGCUUGCUCAACUUUUUGAAGAGGAACCAAUUGAAGAAAGAGAUAUGGAUAUAAUUCCGCCAAACAUCUCUGCAGUUAGUGAUGAAGAAGAUUUCGAUAAAAAUGACUUAACAAAUGUCGGAGUUUUGCCUUCAGAUACAGCUGGAGAAUUGGAGAUUCAUAAUUCAGUUGAUGACGACCUUCCAGAACCAUAUUCUACAAGAAGCUAUUCUCGAAUUUCUCACAAUUUAAAAUGGAGAAAAACGGAUGCAAUAUAUUCUUCAAGCCCUUUCAAUGGAGAAAAGGAAGAUGUAAUAAAUGAAAAUGAUUUACAUGGUAAAAGUCCAUCAGAUAUAUUUUCUUUAAUUUUCGACGAAGACUUAUAUUCCCUAAUUGUAGAACAAAUUAAUAUUUAUGCUAAACAAAUGAAUAGACCUAACAUAUGCAUAACCAUCCAAGAUAUUCAGAGAUUUAUUGGAAUUCUAUUAUUUACUGGAUAUCAUUCUCUCCCACAAGAAAGAUUGUACUGGUCUAAUGACAGCGAUAUUUCUAUUCCAAUAAUCCGGGAUACAAUGACCCAAUUACAAUUUCGAAAUUUGAAAUAUAAUAUCCAUUUGGCAGACAAAAAUAGAUAUACAUGA